UUGCCAAGCGAGGCCCCUUCUCAGCCCCCAUGGCAUGACCGGACCAGGACAGCAGUGCUGGGCAGCUGCGGGUGCCUCCCCUCCAGGGUCCUGUGGGAUGACGUCCCAGAGGAGCAUCACCAAAGACCAGGAGCCCAACGUGUCCCCCUGAAGGUGACCUCCCCCUGUGCGUGUGCCCAGCACGAGGAUGAAGCCAGUCAAGAUGGUGGAUGUUGAUGUUUGUGCGGGCGGAGAUAGUGCCAGAAGAAAAAUGGAUGCCCUGACAGAUAGUGCAGUUGAGAUUGUCCCUUUGGAGCUCUAUGAUUCAGCCAGAGCAAAAAUAGCUGCUAAUCUACAAUGGAUCUGUGCUAAAGCCUAUGGAAUAGACAACGUCCCAGAGGAGCUGAAGGACCCGUUUUACAUAGAUCAGUAUGAGCAAGAGCAUAUAAAGCCCCCAGUGAUCAAGCUGCUGCUCUCCAGCGAGCUGUACUGCCGUGUCUGCAGCCUCAUCCUGAAGGGGGAUCAGGUGGCUGCGCUGCAGGGACACCAGCCCGUGAUCCAGGCCCUGUCUCGGAAGGGGAUUUACGUCAUGGAGAGUGAUGAUACCCCGGUGUCUGAGUCUGACCUGGGCUGUGCACCAAUCAAAAUGAGUUCUCACAUGGCAAUGAUUGAUGCUCUUAUGAUGGCCUACACUGUAGAAAUGAUCAGCAUUGAAAAAGUGGUUUCUAGUGUCAAGCGUUUCUCUACAUUCAGUGCCUCAAAAGAACUACCCUAUGAUCUAGAGGAUGCAAUGGUUUUCUGGAUUAACAAGGUGAACCUUAAAAUGAGAGAAAUAACAGAAAAGGAGAUUAAAUUAAAACAGCAACUAAUGGAAAGUCCAGGGCACCAAAAGUCUCCUUCCAAAUGGUAUUGGAAAUUAGUACCUGUGCGUUACCGCAGAGACCAUCUUUCAAGCAGGCAGUUACCUUACUUUCCCUUGCUUGAAGAUUUGAUGAAGGAUGGUAGUGAUGGUGCUGCUCUUCUAGCUGUGAUACACUAUUAUUGUCCGGAGCAAAUGAAACUAGAUGACAUUUGUUUGAAGGAGGUAACAUCAAUUGCAGACAGCCUCUACAACAUUCAGCUUUUGAGAGAAUUCUCAAACGAGUAUCUAAACAAAUGCUUUUACCUCACAUUGGAGGACAUGUUAUAUGCUCCUUUGGUCUUAAAGCCUAAUGUCAUGGUAUUCAUUGCGGAGCUCUUCUGGUGGUUUGAGAAUGUCAAACCAGACUUUGUGCAGCCCAGAGAUAUUCAGGAAAUAAAGGAUGUGAAAGCCGCGCUGCAGCACAAGAGCAGCCGCCCCCCUGUCCCCAUCUCCAACGCCACCAAGCGCAGUUUCAUGGCCAGCCCUGCUAGCACCAGUCCUGCAGACCUGCAGCCCUCUGCUCAGGCAGAAGCUUGCAGCAGGUACUACCUGCACCCCGAGGAGCCUGACUACCUUGGCAAAGGAGGAAGCCCUGCCUUCAGCCCUUCCCAUCCCCUGCUCCCUUUGAGACAAAAGCAACAAAAAUCUUUACAGGGAGAAGACAGCCCUGGUCAGCGACAUCGCUCUAAUUCUCUGACUCGUGUUGAUGGGCAGCCACGAGGGUCAGUUCUUGCAUGGCCAGAGAAGAAACCCAGGCCUCUGUCACAGCCAACACCAUUUGCUCUUAAUCAUUCUGCCAGCAGUGAUGUGGACCCUGGGUCUGGUGACAGCAUCAGUCUGGCUAGAUCAAUCAGCAAAGACAGUCUGGCUUCAAACAUUGUUAAUGUGACUCCAAAAAACCAGCCCCAACCUCCAUCAGUGAAAACCAACGGGAAGAGCUUGCUCAGCAACGUUGACAUCGAGGAUGAAGAUGAGGAGCUUAUUGCAAUCAUCAGGUCUGAAGAAAGGCCAAACCGUGGUGACCUUGAAUUGCAGAGUGCAUCAGCCAGGGUGCCCAGCAUAGUUGCAACUGCAUGGUCUCCAAAAACAAACAGUGAGCCUUCUGAAGGCAAACCAGACAGCUUUUACUUGGAGCCUUUAAUGCCUGCCAUUCUAAAACCAGCAAAGGAAAAACAGAUCAUCAACAAAGAGGAUGAAUGUGGGGAGGGGAAACAAAGGGGGUUUGUAACAAAGAGAUUAAAUGAAGGACACUUGUCUUUGAUCCGCAAGAAAACAAGCAGCAGUCAUGGUGAGCAUGACCUCAAUAGGACUUUUACUCCAAUUUCUAGUUCUGAUUUCACUCCUGUUGCAGAUCCUGGAACUGCAGAUUCGGUGGCACUGGUGGAGGCAAGUUUAGAAGCUUCCAGACCUUUGGCUUGUAGCAGUGUGGAUCCUUCCACUCAGGAGCUCUCCACCGGAGGAUUUUUUCUUCAUGCUGCUAAAUCUGAUGAUGACAUAGCAAGUAAAGUCAACAUAAGUUAUGUGAAAAGUCUCAAUUCUCAUGUCCCAGACACUAUGUGGACUAUGGUGAGACAGGACUCUGAUUCAGAUCUCCUUGACAUAGAAGAUGCUGAACAGGAUUUGGUGGUCAUAGAUGACCAUCCUGUAGUCACUAAGUACAUUGGUGAAGAAGAAUCUGCAAAACUGCAAGAAGAUAUGAAGGUGAAGGAACAUGAAGAUAAGGACGAUGCUAGUGGACGUUCCAGCCCAUGUCUCAGUACCAUUUCCCAAGUCAGCAGUGUGUCCAUGACCAGUGGGAGCGUCCGAAUGACCAACUUUGCAGAACGAAAGCUUCAGAGACUUAAUAGCUAUGAAACAAAGUCCAGCACUAGUAGUUCACAAAAGACCACACCAGAUGGGUCAGAAAGUUGCCCAGCACCUCUGACCACAUGGAAACAGAAGCGAGAACAAAGCCCCAACAGACAAAAUAAAGACAAUGUGAAUCUUCUAGCUUCUGAACUGGUCCAACUUCAUAUGCAGUUGGAAGAGAAGCGAAGGGCGAUAGAAGCUCAGAAGAAGAAGAUGGAAGCCUUGUCAGCAAGGCAGCGACUAAAACUGGGCAAGGCAGCUUUCUUGCAUGUGGUUAAAAAGGGGAAAUCUCCUGAUGUUCCACAGCCUCUUAAACCAGAGCAUUUUGCAAAGGAAUAUUCUCGGCACAAUGGUGAAGACUUAGAUGAAGUUUCUUUGGGUUCCAAAUCUGAGGAGUUUCUUGGGAAAGAGGAGGAGAAAGAAGAAAUGCUUAAUGAUUCCCAAGAAGUAACAAAAGUAAAGCUGCAGGAGAGCCUAGCUUUUGCUGAGCAACAUAAACCAAAAGACUCUGCUGCUCUACAUGAUUUGGAAAAAAGUAAAAUUAUUUCUGUUGCCCUCCUAGAAGACAAUGUUACUGAAGUGGAUAUAAAUGAAUGUGAUCUUUCUAUUGAGAAACUGAACGAAACAAUCAGUACACUUCAGCAGGCUAUAUUAAAGAUUUCUCAGCAACAGGAACUACUUAUGAAAUCUCCAUCAGUGCCAUCACCAGGAACCAGAAGUAACUCUCAGGACCAAAAGGUAAAACCAUCAAUUCACUUUGUUGAGCCUCUGUCUCCAACUGGAAUGAACAGUCUUCGUAAACCACCUCGUUUUGGUCAAGGAAGGAGUCCUCGAUCAGGAAGACCAACUGAUCUGAAAGUCACUAAAGACAAACCACAAAAUUCAGCACGUGUUAAAACCCCAACACCAAAUCUAGAAAACUUACCACAUUUGAGACCAUUUCCAUCCAACAGCUUGUCAAAGACACCAACAGAAACUGGCCUGGAAAGUAGUCCUGAUCUUGGAAAUGGCUCUCAAGAAAAGGGUUUCUUUGAUACCUAUAGACUUCAUGAUGAGAGCAAUCAACGGGCACUAGUUCUCUCCACCUCCAAAGAUGCAAAUAUUAUUUCUGAAAUGAGCAAAGAGGUGAAUAACAGCUUCAAGGAAGCAGGGUUGAACUCUUCUGAUGGCUCAGGAAAAGAAAAUGUCCCAGUGGAUGAGCCACUGAGAAGCAAGGUUAAUCUCAUUGAAGUAGACUUGUCUGACUUGAAAGCUCCAGAUGAAGGAGAACUUGAAAACCAGGAUAGCUCUACAGACAUAAUCAGUGAAGGUGAUCAGAAGUCUGGUGUGGGUUUUUUCUUCAAGGAUGAACAGAAAGCAGAGGAUGAGCUGGCCAAGAAACGUGCGGCGUUUCUUCUGAAACAGCAGCGCAAGGCCGAGGAGGCUCGGCUUCGGAAACAGCAGCUGGAGGCUGAGGUUGAGCUAAAAAGAGAUGAAGCUCGUCGCAAAGCUGAGGAGGACCGAAUACGGAAAGAGGAGGAGAAGGCUCGGAGAGAACUGAUCAAGCAAGAAUAUCUAAGGAAAAAACAGCAGCAAAUUUUGGAGGAGCAAGGGCUAGGAAAGCCCAAAUCGAAGCCCAAAAAGCCCAGGCCAAAGUCAGUCCAUCGUGAAGAAUCUUACAGUGAUUCAGGGACAAAGUGUUCUUCCACACCUGAUAAUUUGAGCAGUGCUCAGUCUGGUUCCAGUCUGUCUUUGGCCUCAGCAGCAACAACUGAGCCUGAAAGUGUACACUCUGGUGGCACACCAUCUCAGAGAGUUGAAUCAAUGGAGUCCUUACCAAUACUGAGCAGGAACCCCAGCAGAAACACAGAAAGAGACUGGGAGAAUGCUUCAACAGCAUCUUCUAUUGCUUCAGUGGCAGAAUACACAGGUCCAAAAUUAUUUAAGGAGCCUAGCAGCAAAUCCAACAAGCCUAUUAUUCACAAUGCCAUAUCUCAUUGCUGUCUUGCUGGAAAAGUGAAUGAACCACAUAAGAAUUCCAUAUUAGAGGAACUAGAAAAAUGUGAUGCCAACCACUACAUCAUUCUCUUCCGUGACGCCGGCUGCCAGUUCAGAGCACUUUACUGCUACUACCCUGACACGGAGGAAAUCUACAAGCUGACUGGAACAGGGCCAAAGAGCAUCACCAAGAAAAUGAUUGACAAACUUUAUAAGUACAGUUCGGACAGAAAACAGUUUAAUGUGAUUCCAGCCAAAACCAUGUCAGUCAGUGUGGAUGCUCUCACCAUCCACAACCACCUGUGGCAAGCCAAGCGACCCGCGGUGCCAAAGAAGAACCAGACUCGGAAAUGACACGGAGCUCCUGGGGAGAAGAAGGUUGCUGGCUGGGGUUGCAUCAAAAGAAGAAGUGUUUACCAUUUUCCUCCAGUUUGGUAUGAAAUGUGCAGAACCAUAAACUUUUUUUAAGAAGCUUCUAAGCAGAAACCCUGGAUGCAAGUUAUUGAGGAUGAAGGAACGUUGCCAGUGUUGUGGUUUUUUUUUAUGAAUGAGAAAUCUGCUGUUACACCCAAUGCUAACUACUGUGGCUUUCAACUGACGAGGGACUGUGCAUGUAGCAAGAUCUUGAACAAGAGGAUUUCCUUUUACUUGAAGCUUUUCAUCGGUACAAAUUGGGAAUAAUUCAGUUCUGUUUCCUCCCUGCCUCAUGCCCUUCUUUUUCCUCUCAUUCUGGAAGUUGGCAAGCUCCAAACGUCGGUAGAAGGAUGGGACAGAUCUUGGGUGAAGUGGUUUGGGUUUGGUUUGUUUUUUUUAAACAGUCUUGAGGGAAAUCUUCCUUUCAGACUUUUUUGAGGAACUGUUUAAUACAUCACAUUGUUGUACUGUAUCUACUGCCAACCUAAGUCCAGCUCUCAGAUUUCUGGAAAAAAAAAAAGAAAAAAGCCCCAACUUGUGCUGCUCAGAACAGAGUUUCCUUGCAGUCUCUUUAGGAUAAACAUUGCAAGGAUUGCAAAAGCCAGUCAUUUUUUUAAAAAAAAGAAAGUUCACAAAUGUAAAGAUUUCUGGAAUACAAUCAUGAAGAGGCAUACAGGUGCUACUAGCUGGAAUAUGCCUGACUGAAACUGAAGGAAGCUGAAUGGAGCACAGUUAUUACUGAUUUCGGUUUCAGGUAGUGUCCUAAAGAUCUGUUUGCUUUAAUAAAGGUGGAUUCUGGUAGGUAUAGAACAUUUCCACUCUGAGCACGCUCCUCCUGUACAACGGUGCACUUAAUGAUCACAAAUUUUAAUGUUUUUAUUACAUCAUGAAAUGUACUUCUACUUUCUUUGUCCUGUCUUUAUUCUGAAUGAGCAGCAUGCUCUAAAAUGAAGAGUGUGUUAUGUUUUUUAUUUUGGGUGAUAUAUUAAUAUAUAUUGAGUUGUUUUGCUCAUUUAAAAGCAAUUUUUAAACAGAGACAUUUGCAUUUGUUUCAAAAGCCCAAAUAAGUCGAAUGGCUUGGAUUUCUUUUCAUGUUGAAAUAUUAAAUCUUGAGUUAUGACCUUAAAAGUCUUUGUGUUUCAGCAGAUUAAAUUUUUGUCUGUGAUAACAGGGUAUAUUUGCAGUUCAGUUCCAUUUUUUUAAAUACUCCCCUUGCUUGGUUUUGGGCCUGGCUGGAUUCCUGAGGAGGUUUCUGUAGCUAAUGCCUAAUUUAAUCUGCUAGGUCUGGUUUGGCACUACUCCCUGAGGGUCAUGUAGGCUUACAGCUUUGGUUUGCACAUGUUUACUUUUAUUUGAAGUGUUACUUGAAUAUGUAUUUCUUAAGUGCAAAAGGCACUACCCCAUCCUAGAGAUGAACUCAGCUCUCAACUAUAGUACAGUGUAAUUACUAGACUUGGAGAAUAAUGGAAGUUACAGAGAGUUAUGUACAUAAAGGGGGAAUAGGGUACAUAAUAAAGUGCUGACUAGACAGAGCAAAGUGAAGGUCUUCCAUUGCUGUCUCCAGUUUUUUCCCCCUCCCAGUACUCCCUGACUAGGCUGCUGCAACUUUGUAAAUGAUGUUAGAUAGUUUAGCUGCUUGUAAAUAAUGAAAGGCUUUAUGGUUUCUAAAGUGCUAAGUAUUAAACACCAUAAUGAGUGUAACUUUUGUUACCAUGCUUUUCAUGCUUGUGCUUUGUUUCUCACUGUUUGAUAUUAUAUACCAUAUUUAUUUUACGAAACACUGAAAUUUAAUAAAAAUCAUUAACUGAU